AACAUCGAUUUUUCCAGUAAAGCUUUGUUUUGCUCGCUUUCUAUUACGUGCUUAUCUCAAGCUUAAUCUCAUCUUAUUAUUCAUUUCAUUCCAUGCAUAGUUGUUACAGAAAUAGAGAUAAUCUUCAUGGGUUGCGUUAAUGGUAAGCUAGAUUCUCCCAUUCAAAAACGCCGCAACUUAAACAGAUUGAAAAAGGAGUACGCUUAUGCCAAUCCCAAACUAACUUCAUCUUCUUCUGCAUCAACCAUGAAAUUAAAAAGCUACAGUAACCAUAGUUCUAACAGAAAAGUGAGUGUUAGUCAUCCCAAAGAUAAUUACAGUAAGUUAAGGACUGGUGGCUAUGGAUAUACAGAUAAGGAAAAGGAAAAAAUAGAGGAAAAAAAAACGGAAAAGAGUGUUGCUACUAAUGACAUUGGUAAGUUGAUGGAGGAAGAAUCUAAGUUGUCCGAAGACAAUAUGAAAAAGAAAAAUAAAAUUGCAGGGUAUGAAGUCGGUGAAGGUUGGCCCAAAUGGUUGGCUGAUAAUAUCCCUAAAGAGGUUUUGUCUGCUUUGGUUGCCAAGAGCGCUGACUCUUAUGAAAAACUUGACAAAAUUGGACGUGGAACAUAUAGCAAUGUCUACAAAGCUCGUGAUAAGGAUACUGGAAAGAUUGUUGCCUUGAAAAAAGUUCGUUUCGAUACAUCUGAUUCUGAAAGUAUAAAAUUCAUGGCGAGAGAGAUUAUGAUAUUGCAGAAGCUGGAUCAUCCCAAUGUCAUCAAGCUUAGAGGAUUGGCAACAUCUAGGAUGCAAUAUAGUCUUUAUCUCGUCUUUGAUUAUAUGCAAUGUGAUCUUUCCAGAAUUAUCUCUCGUCCUGAUGAAAGACUCACUGAGCCUCAUAUCAAGUGUUACAUGCAACAACUGCUUGCUGGGCUCCAACAUUGUCAUGAGAGGGGAAUUAUUCACCGAGAUAUCAAAUCUUCCAACUUGCUAAUAGAUAGAAGAGGUUCUUUGAAAAUAGCAGAUUUUGGUCUUGCAAAUGUUAAACAUCAAGGCCCUCUUACAAACCGAGUGGUGACACUUUGGUAUAGGGCUCCUGAACUCCUCUUAGGUUCGACUGACUAUGGAUAUGACAUUGAUCUAUGGAGUGCUGGAUGCUUGUUGGCUGAGAUGUUUGUCGGAAGACCAUUCAUGCCCGGAAGGACAGAGGUUGAGCAGCUUCACCUGAUUUUCAAACUAUGCGGGUCUCCUCCAGAAGAUUAUUGGAUAAAAAUGAAGCUAAGAUCAAGCUACUUGCCCUCACAACAUUACAAACCUAAUUAUGAGGACUACUUCCAAGGCUUUCCUUCCUCUUCAUUGGAUCUCUUGACCACACUUCUUCAUCUUGACCCUGCAUGUCGUGGCAGUGCUGCCUCUGCUCUUGAAACUGAAUUCUUCAAAACUAGUCCAUUAGCCUGUGACCCUUCAACCUUACCAGUGAUCUACAAAGAAGAGGAUGAACGCUCACAUAAGAGACGCAAAAGACGCAAAGGUCACAAUAACAAAGGGCAAAUAUCUUCUAAAACAAGGACAACUGGCACAAAUGUAUCAGAGAAGAACCAAACUGCUGAACAAUCUUCAAAGGAACAGAAGAUACAAGUUGAAGAAAAAGGAAGUAGCAUAAACACAUCGUUACAGUUGAUAGAGGAAAAAAGCAUGAAUACAUCAACAUCAAUGUCCCCGAUAUUUCUUUCUACGGAAAGAAAAUCACCAAAAACAGAGGGCCAUCCUAAUGCUCUUAAGAACAUAAAAAAUUACACUCUUUUACAGGCCUCUUUCGAUAUCAUGAAUAGGAAUGAAGGCAACGAACUUGGUCCAUUGCGUAGGUCCUUUUCUGCAUUGGAAUUCCGCCUUGAUCAUCUUGAGAAGCUUUCAAGUCUCUAUGGACCAAACAAGAACUUAGGCCUUGGAAUUUAAUUUCAUUAUCAUCUCUUUCUCUAUAUUUGCAUACUUCGUUUAUUUUCUUGUUUAUGUAGGGUAUAUGGUUGUGUUUGAACAAUUAUUUGUUAUGGUGGGGUCAUUCUCUUCUUCUAUGAAGGAGGUCUUGUGAUAAAUAAAAUGUGUCUUCUUUUGGA